CACUUCAGGCUGUUGUCCAGUGCCAAUGAAACCACCAAACGAAACGCUGCUAAAUUUUUAAUGUCCAACUACGAAUCUAAACUGAAGGCGUUCAUUAAAUUAAAACCUAUUGUUUAGGUACCGGAGAACGCUCCACUCAACCUCCAAAUCCACACGACUAAAUAACUUUGAAUACAACAAAACCGAACCGCGGGUUAUCGAGCUGCCGGGGAAAUCACCGGAGACGUGCCGUAAUGGACUCCAGUAGCAAUAUCUUCUAGUCGCAGAACAGCAUUCUUUCCACAUUCAAACGUUUUGGUGCACACUUGUUAAAGUCGGACGGUCAGUCGAAUGGAGGAAAGUGUCGUUAGCAGUUUGAAACUAUUCUUUGGGAAAGUUUGUCUCUAUGCCGUAAGCUUGGUGCCCCUAUUGAAUAAAUAAUAACGUAAAAAGGAUGGAGAAGCUUUGUGCAGAAAGCAGAAUUGUUAUGGUAAUGUUUGUGCUGCUGGGAUACUUUGAGAUAGUCAGCAGCCUUCGCUGCCACCAAUGUGCCAUCGCCCGGUGUGGAACCUCCGAAGAACUGGUCGAAUGCAGUGAUAAGGUGGUGAACCACUUGUACGAACGGAUGCUACCAAUGGCCGAUCUAUUCCCGCACCCUACCAGCCGCGGAACGUACAGCUGCUUCCAGGUUGUGCUCUCCGACGGAAACAACACGGCCAUGGUCAAGGGUUGCACUUACAGGGAGUCCAACAUCUGCACCGGCUGGAACGGGGGAAUCACCGUCCAAGAGUGCAACCUGUGCGACACAUCCGAUUACUGCAACGGAUUUGACUCCAAAGCGGAAUCCAAUGGAGCGGAAACUCGAAUGCGGAGGUUUCGGAGUUGGGUGACGGUAACCAGCGCCGUUUUCGCAUCGGUAUUGUUUGCAAUUCAAAUUGGAUCGGUUUCAAGCCAAUUGCUGUUACAGUGAGGGAGAAUGUCCACAAUGGCAACGACCAGUAAAAUGUAAUUUAAUUAAAAAUUGUGAUACGCGUUGAAAAUGGAAGAAUGGGAUGUCCAAUUAUUUCUCAUAUAAUACUGCUCGUGGUGAAACUUGUGUCAAGAGUGUACACUGGUAAUUGAAAAUUGAAUGUACUGGCCUUUUUUUUAACUAUUUCGUUUAUUUGAGACUGAAUCGCGUUCAUCGUUUUAUACAAUUCUUUUUCUUUCUAAGCAUCAAAACAGGGCCAAGGUACUCAAGGCAGGUGAUGUUAGUGGUAACAAGAUUUAAGGACAAAAGGACGAAUCACAAAACGUUGAAAUGAUAAACG